GUUUUAAAGCUGAAGAUAUCAGUAAAUGCUUAUAUAAAAUCUGGAAUGAUAGUGUUAGACCAAGACAUUUCCUUGACGCAAACAAUGAGAAUGAAAUAGAAGCUAUUCUCUCAAAUCGCGAAGUCAUUCCUUACAUGAAUUUAUUGAUGGUGAUGAGUCAUUCUGACCUAUUAUAG